ACGUCAAGGUCAAAGAAAGACGUGUCCACUAACCUGAGCUAGUACACGCAUGCCAGGUCAGCGCGAUCAACGGAAACCGUGGACCGUUGGAUCGGUCCAUCUCCCAAAGCAUGUCCACGAGUCCCGGGCAUGCGUGUCCUUCUCCCAUCUGACGUCCGAGCGCGCGCUUGACUCGAUCGGCGCGCGGGGCAUCCGUGCCAUGGACAUGGGCGAACCCGUCGACGACGGCGCUGCCGCUUCCUCUUCUUCCUCCUCCUUCUCGUCGCUGCCCGGCGCCGACGAGGAUGCGUUCCAGGAACCCCUUCGCGGCCACGGAGCGCGCGCUCCACCAGCCGCCGGCGUCGGCCAACGGACACUGCGGCGGCUCUGGGCGGCCGCGCGCGCCGGCGCACCAAGGCUGCGCCAGGCGUGCGAGAACGCGGCGCGGGACCUCGUCGCGUGGGCCAGGCAGGGCGGCGCGGCCCGCGCUCUCCUCGUCGUGACGGUUGGAUCCGUGGCGCUCGCGGCGCUAACCGGCCUCCUGAUGGUCGUCGUCUUCGUGGCCGCGGCGGCCACGAACGCCGUCGCGUUCUCCGUCCUGGUGCCCAUGACCGCCGCCGGGGGACUCCUGGCCGUGCUGCUUGCUCUCCUGGCUGCGGCGUAUGUCUGCGCUCUGUCGGUUGCCGUCUUUGUCAUCUCUUCCACGACCAUCGUAACAGUCAUCGCCAUCACGAUCGCAACUGGUUGGGCGGCAUUCUUCUGGGUUGUUUGGUUUGGCGCCAUAGAAUGCCUGAACCUGACGACCAAACGGUGGACGACCGGCGCGACGAUCCCGUGAGCAGAGCAUGUACAUUUUACCUCUGACAAGAUGGUAUUGCAGUUAUCUGUGCCCGGAUCGUAUGUAUCUUGCUACGUGUAAAUAAUUUCCAUUUUGUUUUCUUGGAAGUUGAAGAAAACAGGAAGAAAAG